CUGUAACUGAUGCUGUGCCCUCCUAUUGGCUAGAUGGCAGGCGAGGAGGCGGCAGGCGAGAAGAAGGCCAAGAAGCCCAGGAAGCAUCAUGCCAGCCGCAACCCUGCGCUGGCCCGAGGGAUCGGGAAAUACUCCCGGUCGGCCAUGUACGCCCGAAAAGCGAUGUACAAGCGCAAGUACACGGCCCCAGAAACAAAGAUAGAAAAGAAAAAGAAAGAAAAAGCAGCUGCUACCAUCACCAAACCAGUUGGUGGAGAUAAGAAUGGAGGGAACCGGGUGGUGAAAGUCCGUAAAAUGCCAAGAUACUAUCCAACUGAAGACGUUCCUCGUAAACUCUUGAGUCAUGGCAAAAAGCCCUUCUGCCAACACAAGAGGAAACUGCGGGGUAGCAUUAAUCCAGGAACCGUUCUGAUUCUUCUCACUGGUCGCCACAGAGGCAAGCGUGUGAUCUUCCUGAAGCAGCUUGCUAGUGGCCUGUUGCUUGUAACAGGACCCUUGGCUAUCAAUCGUGUCCCUCUGCGCAGGACUCACCAGAAGUUUGUUAUUGCCACUUCCACCAAGGUUGACAUCACAGGGGUGAAAAUUCCAAAGCAUCUCAGUGAUGUGUACUUCAAGAAGAAGAGGCUGCGUAAGCCCAAGCAUCAGGAAGGCGAGAUCUUUGACACUGAAAAGGAGAAAUACGAGAUAACAGAACAACGCAAAGCAGAUCAGAAGACGGUGGACUCACAGCUUCUACCAAUAAUCAAAAAGGUGCCUCAGCUCCGUGGCUACCUGCGUUCUACAUUCUCCCUCUCAAAUGGAGUUUAUCCUCACAAAUUGGUGUUCUAAAUAUCCUAAAGGCAUGACAUUAAUAUUAAAGUUUGUGGGGGGAAAAAACAA